GGAUGAGAUAGCUCUUAAUGACUGAAGGUAAUAAUAGGUCCUGGGAACCAAAAUGGCUGAUGUUGAUGAUGGGGUUCAAACGCCCCAUAAAGAAUCGGAUACUUCGGUGGUUACCACACCGUCCAUCUUUGAAACAGAUGCACCCGGCACAGCUUCUUUACACGAAUCGAUGUUGGUAGCCAGUGAUUCAUUUGAAAACCUCAAUUAUGAUCAAUUAGACACGCCGAGAUCUCGCCUUGGCAGUGGUAUAAUUGGCAACCUGUCUAGUAAAAAAAACGAGAGCCUUGAAAAUAUUAAUGACGAAGCUGGUGAUGAUGGUCAGGAAGGUGUAAGUGGAGAUGAAGGUUAUGAUGAGAAACAAAGUGAAACUGGAGGGAGUGUUGUAGAAGCUCCGGUGAUAACAUCCGACUUACCGGAAGAAACGUCCAUCGAAGGUUUAGGACACCAAGGCAAAGUAUCUAAUGAAAGGAGUGAUGUAAGACCGAAAGAUCUGCCUGUUGGAGACAAAAUAGCAGCUAUCGGCAAGGGAGAUGAAGAUGUACAAACAGAAGUAAAAACUGAAUCACAUUCUGCUAUCGAUGUAACUUAUUCGGACACUUCUACUUUAUGUGAAAACGAGGAGAGAGUUUGCGACAAAGAGGAAGAACCUGAAUCCCAGGAAACAAGUGUACCUGCAGAAGUGAUCAGUAAUAUUGAAGAAAUGAAUUUGUCUUCAGAUAGCAAUGCAGGGGGUAGUGCUGGACCAAACUGGAUGCGCAUGUCAGCAGAUACCAUCAGUGAUGGUGAAGAUGUCAAUCACCCAGCUUGGCGCCAUCACAAAAAACAUGUUUUCAUACUUAGUGAAGCUGGGAAGCCAGUAUAUUCCAGAUUUGGCAAUGAAGAUAAUCUAGUUACUUUGAUGGGAGUCAUGCAAGCUUUGGUUUCAUUUGUUACAAACUCUGAGAAGGACAGCAUCCGAUGUAUCGUAGCUGGAGAUCAUCGAUUUGUCUUCCUUCUUCGAGAACACCUCUUUCUAGUUGGUGUCUCUCGUGGUCCUGAUUCCACCCACCAGCUACUCCUGCAACUGUCCUACGUCUACAAUCAGAUCAUCAGUGUCCUUACUCUCAGUCAAUUGGCCAAGAUCUUCAAACAGCGACACAACUUUGACCUCCGGCGUCUUCUUAGUGGUGCUGAGAAAUUUAUCGACAAUUUACUCAAUAUGAUGGACAGUGAGCCUGGUUUCUUACUCGGGGCUGUCCGAUGUCUGCCCCUCGAAGGAUCAAUUCGUGAUACUAUAGCUCAGGCCAUUGUGCAGCAUUGUAAAGUGAAGGAUCUAGUUUUUGCCCUUAUCAUUGCCAGCAGUCAGUUAGUAACAUUAGUCCGAAUGAAAAAAUACUUCCUACAUCCAGUGGAUCUCCAUCUUAUUAUUAACCUUGUCAAUGCAUCAGAGUCUUUCAAGGCAGCGGAAUCAUGGACACCAAUAUGUCUACCCAAAUUUGAUUCAAGUGGUUUUCUGCAAGCACACGUCUCCUACCUGGAUGAAAGCUGCCAAACCUGUCUAUUUUUACUGACUGUAGACAGAGAUUCUUUCUUCACUUUAUCAGAUUGUAAAAGCAAGAUUAAGCAGAAACUACAAAAGUCCAACUGUCUGCAAGCCAUCAGUGAUUCACUAUCAAGAAACAGUUACAGCAUCAAACAGUGUGCUAUCUCAGGCUUACGUCAUUUCCUAUACAAGUCUCGCAACUCAGCACAAUAUACCAGCCCUGAGCUGGAAGCUCCAUAUCUCAGUCAGGAAGAACAGGACCGUCUGUUUGGUCUCUACCAGUAUCUCCAUCACAGAAUUCACAGUAGCAGUAGACCAUUGAAACUUCUGUAUCACGUGGGCGCACACGAAACUCUUAUUGGUUGGAUCACUCAAGGAUUUGAGUUAUAUGCAGUUUUUGGACCACUUGUAACGAAAACAAUUGCAAUACAAGCCAUUAAUAAACUUCUGCGCUGGAUCAAAAAAGAGGAAAACCGACUGUUCAUACUGAGUUCGUUUACUUUUUAACAAAGCGUAGAAUUUAUUGUUUCCUGUAAUAUUUUUUUAAUUUUUUUUUUUUUUAUUUAGUUUUCUGACCUCUGAUCAUUCCUGCUUACAUGAGUAAGAUUGUUGUGAUCAUGACAACCACAUAACAACCAAAUACUCUACUUAGCAUAUCAGUGAGUUAUCUACUUGUUUUACCCUUCAAGUCAUCUCCCUUCCCUUUUUUUUGAAGAGUUUUAUUUAUUUAAUUUUUUUUUUUUUUUCCAUUGGGAGACAGGGUCAAGCUUUGCAGUUCAAGGUCAGGAGACUUUAACUUGGCACGAGAAUUAUCUUCGUUUUUAUGAAGAAACUAUAAAUAAAUAAUAUUUGAAUUGGUAGGGGGGAUAUGGAAAGCAAUUUAUUGAGUUAAUAAAGAAGUUCUUGUAAAUAA